GAGGCAUCUGAGCGUGUGCAGAUCAGUCGGUGAGCAGACGGAGGAGAAGUCAGACGGAGCAGUGCGGGAAUCAAACUGACAACCUGCAAGGGACAAACCAACGAGCCAACAGGAAGAGCAACAGGUGUGUGUCUCCAUGGCAACAGGUGUGGGCAUGUUGCUGGUUGUGUGUAUCAGCGUGUGUGCAGCGUUUAACCUCGACACAUCAUUUCCACUGCUGAAGAUGGGCGAACGAGGAAGUCUGUUUGGAUUUUCUGUUGCUCUGCACCAAGACCUGAAGACAGAGAGCUACCUGCUAUUAGUCGGAGCCCCCAGAGAGAAGGCGGAGCCAAAUGUUCCAGCCAAUCACACAGGAGGAGUGUACACCUGUCCAAUCAGUGCCAACCCGUCAGACUGCAGGAGGAUGAAGCUCAUAGAUCCAACCAAGAUCCAUGCUGAUGAACUGGUCGAGGACAUGUGGUUGGGCGUCUCAGUAGCCAGUCAGGGCCGGCCUGGGGGGCGUGUCCUGGCAUGCGGUCACCGCUUCACAAAACUCUAUGGAGCGUUCAAUUUAAGGCAAAUGAUUGGCCACUGUUAUCUCCGUGGAAACGACCUGCGGUACGACGAGAACGACUCUAAUUGGCAGGACCCCGAACAGUCCUGCAGUCAUCUGGGUGAUUUCACUGGUGAGGUCAUGUGCGGGAUGGGGAUGUCAGCGGCCAUCACUCAAAGCGAAGUCAUUGUUGGCUCGCCUGGAAGCUUCGAAUGGCAAGGAAACGUCCAAGUCUCCUGGAUGAACCCUGACGAUGAGUUUGACACCAAGAAGAGCUCCUUCUCCAACCAGAAGCACAGGAACAUCUACAUCGGAUAUUCUGUCGCUCAGGCUCCUCGCCUUCUCUCUGAGGAUGAUGAAACCAUCGUAACAGGAGCUCCUCGGGACCGUAUGGAAGACGCUCAUGGCUCGGUGCUGCUGGCCGUCAAGCGCUCUGAUAAACUGAUGAUUCGCCAGAAGCUGCGCGGUCAACAGAUGGGCUCGUAUUUUGGGAACGCCUUGGCAGUUACUGACCUCAAUAAUGACGGGUGGAACGACCUGCUGGUGGGCGCUCCUUUUUAUUUCCACCGUCAGACGGAGGUGGGCGGGGCAGUUUAUGUCUACGUGAACGUAGGAGGGAGGUUCAAUUCUGAGCCCAGCGUAGUGCUGAAGGGGCCGGCGGGGUCGGCAUUCGGCAUGGCUGUGGCCGCUGCAGGAGACCUCAACCAGGACGGCUUCCAGGACUUUGCCAUCGGAGCUCCUUUUCAUGAAGCAGGAAGUGUGAUGAUCUGGACAGGAAGCAGUGAGGGCAUCUCUACAGAGCCGAGCCAGGUGAUCCGAGGCAGCACGGUCUCCCCUGUUUUCGGGACUUUUGGCUACUCCCUUUCUGCAGGCGGGGAUGUUGAUGGGAACUAUUACCCGGACCUGCUGGUUGGUUCUCUCGAUGAUACCGUUGUUCUGUUCAGGAGUCGACCGGUCAUCCAUUUAAAUAAAACACUCAAAGCUUCUCCGACCAUCGUGGACCCAAACAGCUGUGACUUCUGUAUACAGGUGGAAGUGUGUUUCUUCUACAUGUUCAACAGGGGAGAGAAGAGCGACAGAGACAACAUCACCAUCCUCUUCACACUGACAGCUGACAUCACUAGUGUCAAGCCCCGCCUCAAUUUUCGUGACAACGGGCAGAGCGUGUACUCUGAUUACCUGUCGAUGCCGCUGGAGGAGUGCAGGACGCUGAGAGUGGGACUGCAGAGUGUAAUCAGAGACAAAGUGGAGCCUCUGGUGUUCUCCUUGAAUGCCUCCUUGUACGAGAAGUUUCCCAAGAAAAAAAAGAAUGUGCAGGACCUGAAACGCCUCCCGGUGCUGAGUGAGACCCCCCAACCCAUCAGAACCCAGAUCCACAUCCAGAAGGACUGUGGUUCUGAUAACCGCUGCCACAGCAACCUGCAGAUGACAGCUCGGUUCACCGAUGAGAGCCAGAAAGCUUUCCCUGAGCUUGAGGGUACUCAGAUGAUGUACUUCAACUCCACCAUCAAGAGGCUGUUUCUGGAGGUUAACAUCAGCAAUACACCAUCAACAGGUCAACCAGCAGAGGAUGCUCACAACACCAUUCUGAGCAUCAGCAUCCCACCAUCACUUAUCUACUCUGGAGUAGAGACAAAGGGUGAUGCCUCGGCAGUGGUGGAGUGCUCUGUGGAGGGGACCUCUCUUCAGUGUGAGCUCGGGAACCCUUUCAGAAGCAACAACAAGGUUCAGGUUCUGAUCAAAUUUCAGCCAUCUGAGAUCAGUUUGGACACACGCGAGAUCCAGUCUGUGCUGCAGCUAUCCACGCUCAGUGAACAGCCGGAUCUGUCCCCAAUCUCCGUCUUCAUGGUGGUGGAGUAUUUGCUGCAGACAUCACUCAGUUUAAUUUCAACGUCAGGCCCCACCUCCUUCAGUGGUCAUGUGAUCGGUGAGGUGGCAAUGAAGAAGACAGAGGACAUCGGCAGCCUGCUGGUCUUGACCUUCCAGGUGCAUGUCCAGGGAAAGCCGCUGGGCCACCUGGGCACCCUGGAGGUGGAGUUUGAUUGGCCGAUGGAAGCCACCAAUGGGAAGUGGCUGCUGUACCUCACAGAGAUCCAAAUAAACGGUACUUCAGAGCCUCGCUGCUCUCCACCCGGCAACAUCAUUAAUCCUCUCAACCUCACGCUGUCAAAAGGGGAGAAGAAGAAGAUGAAGAGGAAUCUGGAUGAAAUAAACGAGGAAGAGGAGCAGACUGACAGAACUCCAACUGUCCUCCAUCUUCAGAGAAAGAAGAAGCGCUACAGUCUGGACUGUGUCCGCGGAGCGAGGUGUGUGAAGUUCGUCUGUCCUCUCGUCAGCAUGAACAACUCGGCGACUCUGACCAUCAAAGCCCGACUGUGGAACUCCACCAUGAUCGAG